UCGCGCCGCCAGCCGCCGGCGCCAUCCUAUAUGCUCGGGAUAUGUAUAGACCUAAGUAUCCGGACGGUUCGUUAUCCGGCGGCGGAAGGAUCGCGGAUCUUGCAAGGCUUCAAGCGGAUGGCCCAUCGCGACCUGACGGCGCGGUUCCUUGACCGACGGCUCGUAGCGCAGCGCCGCCAGACGCAUGGCACCAUGCGCUACAGUGGCGGCAAGCCAUAUGCAGCGGCCAAGACCUCGCAGCCCCUGCAACCGACCGACAUGGAAGCAGGCUCAGGCGCGCCAAAGCCCGCAUGGACGCGCGCCGUCGACUUGGCCAACGAAUGCACAGCGCAGCUGCAGCUCAAGCUCGACUAUUUGCAAAAGAUGCACACGCGCCGCCUUAUGGUUCGCUUUGACGAGUCCGAGAAGCAACAUGAUAUCGACAUUGACAGCAUAACGCAAGAGAUCUCCAAGCUCUUCCACAGCGCCGAGUCUGCGCUGCAAAAAGUCACGCGCGAGCCGUUGACUGCCUCGGGGUUGACAUCACCCGCCGAGCGCAACGUGCGCGUCAACGUCCAGCGCUCGUUGGCGAGCAAGCUGCAGGAGCUCUCGAGUCGGUACCGCCGAAGCCAGCGCGAGUACAUGGAGACCCUGCGCUCGCAGCGCAACGUCUCGGGCGACGUGUUCCAGUGGGACGCGACGGGGCAUACGAGCCAGGCGAUGUCACAGCAGCAGCACUUGCUACAUCUGGGCGAAGACGAAGCCAUGAUCCAAGCCCGCGAGCGCGAAAUUCAGAAAAUCGCCAAGGCGAUUGUGGAGCUCUCGACAGUUUUCAAGGACCUCGCCAACAUGGUCAUCGACCAGGGCACGAUCAUCGACCGCAUCGACUACAACAUGGAAGACGUCGUAACGCGCGUCCAUUCGGGGCUCAAGGAACUCCAUCGCGCCGAAAAGUUCCAGUACAAUACGCGGCCGACGCGCUGCAUCUACCUGCUGUUGAGCCUCAUCUCUCUCUGCUUUAUGAUCCUCCUCAUGAAACACGCGACGCCGUACGUGGAAUAUUGACACAGCUAAAGCGCUUACUCUGAUUUUGUUCGUCCUGUGUCG